CCCUAACAUAAUUUACAGCAUGAAGAGAGAGGGAGAGAGUUACACAAAAAGCAGCAGCCGUCGUCGUCGUCCUCCGCUGCGUAAAGACCGGUCUAUGAGCUCUCCGUCGAGGAUUUCCACCAAAGUAGAAGUAAGCAUGGCUGAUGAAGACGAGUUUAUUGGGCAAAUGCACCAAAAACUGGUAAUCAUGAGUCAUGACUGGUCCGAUAACAGAAUCCAACAAUUUUGGGGUGAAGCCGGCUGCGAUAAUGAUGAUCCAACGCGAACAAUUCGCCGGCCUCUCGAGAGACGAGGAGCCACAUGUGCACCUUGCUCAUUUUUCCAGGCUCUGUGGGACCAUCAAGCUCAGGCUCUUUCCCUUUUCUCUCAAAGACGAGGCCAGGAAUUGGUUCUACUCAUUGGAAACUGGAACCAUUUCCACUUGGGACGAAAUGGCGUGCGCCUUCCUCGACAAGUACUACCCUUUGGCUAAAGCCUCGAAGCUGUGGGCGGAUAUUUGGAGGUUCCGACAAAUGGAGGACGAGGGACUCUACGAGGCUUGGGAGAGAUUCAACGGGAUGCUGAGAAAGUGCCCUACUCACGGUCUUGAUGAAAGCGACAAAAUUACCGCAUUUUAUUAUGGAUGCAACUAUGAUACCAAACAGUGGCUGGAUUGUGCGGCGGGUGGAUCAGUGAUGAAGAAGACUUGUGGAGAAGCCACAAAAGUUAUUGAGAACAUGGCUGCUAGUUCGUAUCGAUGAUGGUGAACGAACCCCUGCGAUAGAUGUUGUCAUUGUGGACCAUCUCAACUCUAUUCACCAGUAGUUGCCUAACAUGUUAUUUGACUUCAGUUAACUCUGUUUCAUAUCUUAGUUUGUCUUACU